AUGGAUUCUGAACUACUCAACGUAUUAGCCCUUAUCAUGUCCUCUCUCCUCUUCAUAGUUUUGGUACUCAAAAUAACGAGAAAUCUCAUCAAAACUGAGCCAUCUCCAAACUUACCCCGAGGACCAUGGAAGCUACCUAUCAUUGGAAACAUACACAAUCUUAUUACAUCAUCACCACACCGAAAACUAAGAGACUUAGCCAAAAUAUAUGGGCCCUUGAUGCAUCUCCAACUUGGGGAGAUCUUCAUGAUCAUUGUUUCCUCAGCUGAGUAUGCUAAGGAGAUCAUGAAAACUAAUGAUCUCAUCUUUGCAUCAAGGCCUCACAUCCUAGCUUCAGAUAUACUGUUAUAUGAAUCCACAGAUCUUGUUUAUGCUCCUUACGGAAAUUAUUGGAGACAUCUCCGAAAAAUAUGCACAAUGGAGCUUUUAACCCAAAACCGUGUCAAAUCAUUCCAGCCAAUAAGAGAAGAAGAAUUCACCAGUCUUGUCAAAAUCAUUGAUUCACAUAAAGGGUCUCCCUUCAACCUCUCUGAAGCAAUACUUUCGUUAAUAUUUGAUAUCAUUUCAAGAUCUGCGUUUGGCAUGAAGAGCAAAAGCCAAGAACAAUUCCUUUCUGUGCUAAAAGGAGUACCAGUUGGAGUAGGUUUUAACAUAGCAGAUCUAUUUCCUUCUGCUAAGUGGCUUCAACUUGUCACUGGUUUGAGGUCUAAGUUUGAGAAGGUGCAUCGACAAAUGGAUCAGACAUUGGAAGAUAUCAUCAAUGAACACAAAAAGCAAAAGUCAACGGAAGAUUUGGUAGAUGUACUCCUUAAACUCCAGGAUGAAAAUGGUAGCAACAAGGACAUUUGCUUAACUAUAAACAGUAUAAAAGCUAUACUCCUGGAUAUAUUUCUUGGAGGAGGUGACACAUCGUCAUCUACCAUCAUAUGGGCAAUGGCAGAGAUGAUAAGGGAGCCAAAAACAAUGAAAAAAGCACAAGUUGAGGUGAGAGAGGCAUUCGAUAUGAAAGGAAGGGUUGACGAAAGUUGCAUUGAUGAACUCAAAUAUUUGAAGUCAGUUGUGAAAGAGACCCUAAGGUUACAUCCACCGCUGCCUCUAGUUGGCAGAGAUUGUGGACAGACAUGUGAGAUUAAAGGGUAUCAUAUACCAGUCAAACACAAGGUUAUUGUGAAUGCUUGGGCUAUUGGAAGAGAUCCAAGCUAUUGGACUGAACCUGAGAGGUUUUAUCCAGAGAGAUUCAUUGAUAACCCUAUUGACUAUAAAGGGACUAAUUUUGAGUACAUUCCAUUUGGUGCUGGAAGGAGAAUGUGCCCAGGCAGCACCCUUGGUCUGAUAAAUGUGGAGAUGCCUCUCGCAUUUUUAUUGUAUCAUUUUGAUUGGAAGCUUCCUAAUGGAAUGAAAGAAGAGGACUUGGACAUGUCUGAAGAAUAUGGACUUUCUGUUAGUAAAAAAGAUGACCUAUAUUUGAUACCAGUCACUGCUCGACCUAUCCUGAAUAGGGAAGCAAGCUUGCAGGGAAAGAAGGGUGCGUAG